AUGAAUACAAGUGAGAUCAUCUUAAUUACCUCUCAUAAUAAUAAUAAUAAUAAUUCAUAUCAAACAAAUAAAUUAUCAUAUAGAACAUCAAUUGAUUAUCAAUAUAUAGUAGCUAUUGCUUAUGUAUUUAUUCAAACAACAAUUUGUUCAAUUGGUUUCAUAUUGAAUAUUAUUAAUUUCAGUAUAUUCAUAUGCAGAAAGUUUUCAGCUUCUGCUUAUAUAUUAAUGACAGUUUUGUCACUUGCUGAUGCUAUUACUUUAGGAGUCAGGAUACCUCAAGGUUGUAUUUUUCUUCCACAUUUGAAUCAUCAUGCAACGGAUGCAGCUAUCUAUAUUUAUAUGUACAGUAUAUAUGUUGAAACACCUGUAUCAAAUAUGACAGAAAAUAUUAGUGCAUGGUUAACUGUAGCACUUGCUAUUGAACGUUAUGUCAGUAUGAAACAUUGGUCAUUAUCAAAACGAUAUUUUACACGUAAAAGUACACGUCAAUUAAUUGCUUCGAUAUGUAUAAUAGCAUUUAUAUUUAAUAUACCAUAUUUUGCAAUUCAACGAGUAUCAUUAAAAUAUGUUGAUGGUGUAUUACAAUUACAUAGUGAUUUAACUAGUUUUUCACGUUCAACAUAUUAUGCAUUAUAUUCUUGGUUACGUAUUGUAUUUGUUCAAAUUAUUCCAUUAUGUUUCUUAUGUGUAUCAAAUUGUUUAUUAUUUAUACUUGUAUCACAUCAUAAUCGUCGAUUUACUAAUGAUAAAAUAAAGAAUAAUACUAAUAGGAAAGAAAAUAAAUUAUCUAAAAAUAUAUUUAACAAAUCAAAACUACAUAAACAACAAAUUCAAGUUGAUGAUGCAUCACAAGAUAGUUGUACAGAUGCUAUAAAUUAUUACGGUGAACAAAAAUUAAUGAAUGAUUCCAAUUUACAGUCAAUUGAAAGAAAUGAACUUGGUAUUACAGAAAAAAUGAAUAAUAAAAAUGAAGUUGAGUUGACUUCCAGAAAGAAUACUCACGAUAAUAAUAAUAAUAAUAAUAAUAGUAAUGAUAAUAACAAUAGUAGUAUUGAAACCAAAAGACCAACAUUGAAAGAUCGUUCUAAACAACGAAGGCAAAAUGCCCAAACAAAAUUAACUAUCUUGUUAAUUGCUGUGAUUUUAUUAUUUUUAAUUGGUCAAGUACCUCAAGCAUUAGCUUAUGUUCGAGUAUUCACUACACUUGGUGUAUGCUCUAUUGAUCAAAUACAAACAUGUGUAACUUAUCAUUUAUAUAGAAUGAUAACAAUUAACUUAGCUCAAUUUGCAUUUGCAUCAACAUUUUUUCUUUAUUUAUUUCUUAAUAGAGAUUUUCGAGAAACACUUAGGUAUACUUAUUGUCAUCUGUGUCAAAAAUGUUGUAAAAUUUCUGAAACUAAUCAAAGAUUAUUAAGAGAAACAAAGUACCUUAGCGAACCACCUUCUAAUCUCCAAAAAUAACUAUAUAUAUACCGUUUUUCCAGUUUAACUGAACAACUUGGAAUUUCUUAUAUAUAUAAUGCCUAAUUUUGUUUGUUACUGUCAUUUCAAUUAUUCAUAAAUGUUGUUUGAAUACAAUGAUUGUUUUUGCUGUCCUGUUUGAGUCAGGCAAAAGUUGAGUCAGAAUAAAUUUGUUCAAACAUGUUGACAUUUUAAUAGACUACAGUAGCCACUUAACUUCCUAAUCAAGAUUCCAUUGUUUCUUAACUUAUACACCUUCAGCAAAACAUUUAUUGCAAGUAUAAUGAUCUUAAUCAUAUAUAGAAAUAAUCCUACUGUUAUGGGAUUAACAGAAUCUGAUACGUGUUUUUAAAAUACCACACAAUUCGUAAUUUGAAUUUUACAACCAUGUCACUGUCCCUCUAAAAUCACUGACUAAAAUCUGUGAAGAUCCAGUAAUGAACACUUCAUUCCUUCUAAACAUCUUUAUUGAUUUGUAUCACAUCAUAUUCAUUAGUAACCAAAUUCAUAAGUUGAAAUUUAAAUGCACAGUAGCAAAAUAGAUUGUCCCUAACUAGAAUCAUUUUCUUCAUUUCACAAUAAUAUUUUUGUCUGAAUAACUGUGAGCAUAUUUUUGGAUGAUCACAUAAUAAUGUUGUUAUAUCCCGAAGACAAUAAUGAAUGAUAACUCUUGAGAACUAUUUAUGGACAAAUACGAUACAUAUACUUUUAUUGUAUAAUUAUUCAGUACCGCUAAACUAUGCAUAUUUAUGUUCCUCUUAUUAUUAGCUUUAUGUUGACUCAUAGACCAUUAUUACACGAUUUACUAUUCUUGAGUUAUGCCCAGUCUAUUAAUUACAGUCUCCCACAUUCAUAGCCACUUUUGGCUAGAUCUUGUACAAAUGUUGUUUUCUAUUUUGUGGUAUGAUAUAGUCUGUUUGGUCUGUCUAUAAACCAAGUAUGUUUGAAAUACAUUAUUCAGAUCGCAGAGUCUGA